AUGCCCAAGACCCCAACUUCUCGUGCUGCUGCGGCGGCACGCAGACACAACCCUUUGGCUGAAGAUAUUGUGUCCGCGGGGCAUCUGCGGACCCAGAGCAGCAAGAAAGGCAAACGCAGAGAAAACGACGAGGAGGAUGGCGAAAAUGGCGAACGCUACAUCGAUGCGAAGAUGUCACGGAAGAUCUUGCAAAUUGGCCAGGAUUUGGCGGACGAGGAUGCUGCCGAGCAAAAAGCCAUGGGCUCGACGGAGCCCAAAGUCAACACCGCAUUCGACUUUGACUCCCGGUUUGACGAUGAGGAACCCAUGUCCGACGACGAAGACAAGUUUGGCGAUGAGGAAUGGAUUGAUGAGGAGGUUGAGGAAGUGGAAGUUGAUCCCAACGAUCUCGACAUGUUUAACAAAUUUAUGCCUGGCCACGAGGAGGACCCUAUUUUCCACCCGCAAGAGCCUGGCGCCGGUGGCCAGACCACAAACUUGGCCGAUUUAAUUCUGGAGAAGAUCGCCGAACAUGAAGCAAAGCAGUCCGGCCAAGGCGGGCCGUUUAUUCAAGGUGGUGGACUGCCCGAGGAUGCGGUUCAAAUUCCUGCCAAGGCUGUGGAAGUAUACGAGAAGGUCGGCAUGAUUCUCUCUCGCUACAAAUCCGGCCCGCUUCCCAAACCGUUCAAGAUCCUCCCCACCGUUCCGAACUGGCCGACCCUCCUGGACAUCACUCGGCCCGAGUCUUGGACCCCCAAUGCCGUCUAUGCUGCAACCCGGAUCUUCAUUUCGUCCAAGCCCGCGGUGGCCCAAGAGUUUAUUUCGACGGUGCUGUUGGACCGCGUCCGGGACGAGAUCCACGAGACCAAGAAGUUGAACGUACAUACCUACAACGCGCUGCGCAAGGCUCUCUACAAACCGGCCUGCUUCUUCAAGGGACUGCUCUUCCCACUGGUGUCCAGCGGUACCUGCACCCUGCGCGAUGCCCACAUUGUCUCAUCGGUCAUUGCUCGUGUCUCCAUCCCCGUGCUGCACUCCGCCGCGGCGCUGCUGCGCAUGUGUGAUCUGGCCGCCGAGCAGUCGCUGAGAUCCCUGGAAAGCACCGGAGCCGUCAACGUCUUCAUCCGGGUCUUCCUGGAGAAAAAGUAUGCGCUGCCGUACAAGGUGAUCGACGCCCUGGUGUUUCACUUCUUGCGCUUCCGCGCGACGGACGACGAUACGAUGACGGACGGACCGACGGGGCUUCACUCCAAGGCAUAUAAGCUGCCGGUGCUGUGGCACCAGUCGCUGUUGGUUUUCGCCCAACGCUACCGCAAUGAUAUCACGGAGGAUCAGCGCGAGGCCCUUUUGGAUCUGCUUCUGGUACGCGGACACAAGGACAUCGGGCCGGAGGUGCGGCGGGAGCUUUUGGCUGGUCGGGGGCGCGGCGUGGUGGUGCCGGACCCGGAGAAGCAGAAUGCACUGGAUGCCGGGGAUGAUACGAUGGAUGUGACCAUGUAG